GUGUGUUUUGGGUGUGGUCUGGGUGAGGCUCAGGAGUUGAACCCUCUCUCUCUCUCUCUCUCUCUGUGAGUCUGCAACUCAGACGUGAUCUCAGGUAUGUUCUCUCCUUUUAAACUGGAUAAUGCAGUUUCUGUGUGUGUGUGUGUGUGUGUGUGUGUGUGUGUGUGUGUGUGUGUGUGUGUGUGUGUGUGUGACUCCACCCUCUAUCCAAACAAACCCAGUUCUUAGAGGAGACCCGUCGUGUGGUUCCUCCUCCUCGUUGUUGCGUUGCUGUAUUAAGUUGUUGUUUCCUGUCACUGUUCUUUUUUGUUGCAGGUCAGAGUUGCCGUCCUUUGUUUGUUUGUUUGUUUGUUUGUUUGUUUGUUUGUUUGUUUGUUUGCAGCUCUAUGUUGCUGCUCAGAGUUGCAGUUUCUUUGUGUUGCUGCUUUUUCCCGAAGUUUCCCUCUAACAGUGUUUUCAUUUCUCUGCUGAACAACUCUGAACCUCUGAGCUGCACUUCUCACGGUGUUUGUUGCAGGUCUGAGUUGCUGUUAUAAGUUGUUGUUGAGUUGUCGUCAGUUGUUGUCAACAUCUUUUCUGAGUUUUAUGUUUUUAAUCAGAUACUUCCUGGUCUGGUUCUGGUUCUGGUUCUGGUUCUGAUUUGACCUGAUUCAAAGUUCCUGGUUUUGUUUCUGAGAAUCAGCUGAUCAUGUGACUCCGCCUUGUUUGGUCACUUCCUGUCUCUUUAUUUUAAAAAGUUGUCCUGACGUGUUUUUGUUGUUUUUUUAUUUCUGGAUGUUUCCGUCGUCACACAUGACUCAGCAGUUUUCUGUUUUUAAUGAAGAACUUUGUUUCAAUCUUGAGUUUCACUGAAAACAUGACCACCUGAUUUUGUUGUUUGUGUUUCAGAGUCUUUGUUGAUUGUUGUUUGUUGUUUGUGUUUCAGAGUCUUUGUUGUUUGUAGUUUGUAGUUUGUAGUUUGUAGUUUGUUGUUUGUGUUUCAGAGUCUUUGUUGUUUGUUGUUUGUGUUUCAGAGUCUUUGUUGUUUGUUGUUUGUGUUUCAGAGUCUUUGUAGUUUGUUGUUUGUGUUUCAGAGUCUUUGUUGUUUGUUGUUUGUGUUUCAGAGUCUUUGUUGUUUGUAGUUUGUAGUUUGUUGUUUGUGUUUCAGAGUCUUUGUUGUUUGUUGUUUGUGUUUCAGAGUCUUUUUAGUUUGUAGUUUGUAGUUUGUUGUUUGUGUUUCAGAGUCUUUGUUGUUUGUUGUUUGUGUUUCAGAGUCUUUGUUGUUUGUUGUUUGUAGUUUGUGUUUCAGAGUCUUUGUCGUGGGACUUUAAUAACCUGAAUCUCUGAACGUUGUUCACCCUGUCAGUUAAAUUAAACGUGUUUUUAUCGUCCGUCUGUUCUAAUAAAGGGUUAAUAAACGGAGAUCAAACACCUGAGCGGAUGAUGAUGGGUGUGGUCAUGUGAUGGGUGUGGUCAUGUGAUGGGUGUGGUCAUGUGAUGGAUGUGGUCAUGUGACCUGUGUAUUGAAACCUGAGCCGAGGUGUGAAUGUGGGCCGUCUGAUCAGGUUCUUUGUUCGUGUCGGGACUCGCCCACCGCGCCCGUUCAUGUUUUCUUCUUCUGCAGUUUUCAGACUCGACUGUGACCCAGGAGAGGCAGCACCAGGAUGGAUGUGAGUCUCUUCGUUUUACUCCUUUACUCCUCUUUUUUACUCCUUUUUCAGUUUCUUCUCUCUCUUGAUUCUCUUCGUCUUUCUGUCUCAAACCUCAGACCGAGUUUUAAACAGCGCUCGUUACUUCAGUCCGCCGACUCGGACAGAGUUCAGGUUAGAGAUUUGAUCUGAUUGAUAAGUUUGUUAACAAAUCAGAAGAAGCUCCAGUUUCACUCAAUCACUGAUUGGAUCAAAACGCUGAGUCAUGGUUCGACUCAGAAACAUCAUGAAUCUGAAUCUGAGUGAUGAGGAGGCCAAACCUUCAUCACUUCAUCGUGUCCAACGACAAACAGCCUAAAAACACCAAAGACGUUUACGUUCUUCUUCUUCUUCUUCUUCUUCUUCUGUGGUGCUUUAACAGCAGACUCCGGAGGACCAGCUCCCCCUGCUGGGUUCACUUUUCACAACCAACUUCAAGAAAAAGACGAUUUUAUUUUAAUGUGUAGAAACUGUGUGUGUGUGUGUGUGUGUGUGUGUGUGUGUGUGUGUGUGUGUGUGUGUGUGUGUGUGUGUGUGUGUGUGUGUGUGUGUGUAAACAAAGUGUCAUUCAUCUCAGGAGCAACACCUUCAUACUGAACAUUCCUGAUGAAUCUCUCAGCGACACACCCUGACACACACACACACACACACACACACACACACACACUCACACACUCACACACAAACACACACACACACACACACACACACACACACACACUGUGUGUUGGCCGUGAUGAGUUCAGGAGCAGCUCGUUUUUGGAUGUUUUUGAUUGAAACUCAAAGGUGAAACCAAAACAAACUGAUUAGAAAAAAAACUUUUUCUCUUUCAAUUUUAAUUUCAAUGAGAUUUAUAAACAUGAUUGUUUAAACAACAAAAACAACAACAAUAAUAAUAAUAAUACAAUAAAAAUAAAACAGUAAUAAUAAUAUUAGAAAUGGUGAUGAAUAAUGUCAGUAUCAUGUUUGCAGAUAAACAACUCUCCCUCUCUCUCUCCCUCUCUCUCUCUCUCUCUCUCUCUCUCUCUCUCUCUGUCUCUCUCCCCUCUCUCUCUGUUUCUCUCUCUCUCCCCUCUCUCUCUCUCUCUCUCUCUCUCUCUCUCUCUCUCUCUCUCUCUCUCUCUCUCUCUCUCUCUCUCUCUCUCUCUCUCUCUCUCUCUCUCUCUCUCUCUCUCUCUCUCUCUCUCUCUCUCUCUCUCUCUCUCUCUCUCUCUCUCUCUCUCUCUCUCUCUCUCUCUCUCUCUCUCUCUCUCUCUCUCUCUCUCUCUCUCUCUCUCUCCCUCCCUCUCUCUCUCUCUGUCUCUCUCCCCUCUCUCUCUGUUUCUCUCUCUCUCCCCUCUCUCUCUCUCUCUCUCUCUCUCUCUCUCUCUCUCUCUCUCUCUCUCUCCCCUCUCUCUCUCUCUCCCUGCAGCUUGCUGAUGCGUUAAACGGUCAAAACCAAUCACAGGGUGGCGCUCAGUGGCCGGGACAACCAGGACAACCCAGCAACCCCGGAUGGCCAGGUUUUUAUCAAUACUCAUUGCUAUUAUCAGUUUUUUAAUUAACGUCAUUAUGUAAUGGGGGGGGGGUCAAGUGUUCUGGUACCUGGAACACUUAUGAAGAACCAUCCUGUGCUGGAACACGGUGUCAGAGCCGAGCAGGACCAGGUAGUUCAUAACGGUCCCUUCAGGUAACAGGUCCACAUGGCGUGGAAGGUCCAAGUUGGUCUUUCUGGUUGGUCUCAAAGCUGAAAGGUUCGGUGUCUUGGUCAGGUAUCUCCCCGCCCACUUUAAGUCGUCACUGAGACAUUGCUGACUUGGACCUUUACUGGGUUCAGCUUGCCUUGAGAGAUCCAAGCAGCUCCCAAAUUCACAGAAACACGCAAACCUCCCAACCAUGGUGAGGUGGUGAUUCAUGGAGGUUCACUCCAGGGUUCCCCACAGUGAACCUCCAGCAUGUAGAAGACCAAAAAGCCGCAGACCCAGAGGUCACCUUAUCCUGCACAUGAGGGGUUCAACAAAAUGCAGUCAACAGAAGAAUCCAGAAGGAAGCAGGUCGAAUAUAAACCAGCCAUGUUUGUGUGUUAACCAGGUCAACCUUCCGGUAACUCCGGCUGGCCGUCUGCACCUUCUGGUAACUCUGGCUGGCCGUCUGCACCUUCUGGUAACUCUGGCUGGCCGUCUGCACCUUCUGGUAACUCUGGCUGGCCGUCUGCACCUUCUGGUCAACCCGCCUGGCCGGGUCAAGCUGACAAGGGCGGAGCUGGAGGUGGAGGUAACUGGCCUAGUCAGCCCAACCCACCUGCUGCAUCUGGAGGAUGGCCAAAUCCGCCUGCACCUGGACCUGGACCUGCACCUGCACCUGCACCUGUCCCAGCACCCCAGCAUAAACCGGUAAGAUGAUUACCAGGUGAUAUGGGUAGAUGAUUACAGGUGGAUGGUCGGCAUUUGGAUGGGGGGGUGGAGUAAACUGUUGUUUCCUUUUUCUACAGAAGAAAGUGCCACACUCAGAAAAGCUGCCGAGUGGAGUUUACGACAAGAUGCUCAUCACCAUUAAAGGAACCGUCAAUCAACACCCCAACCAGUCAGUAUAAAGUCCUCACUGUGAACAGGUGGUACAGGUGGAGGCAGGUGGAGGCAGGUGACCGGAGAGCAUUGCUGCUCUGUUGCCUGAGAGUGUCGAAUAACUCAUUUUGGUUUAUCACACGUUACACAAGUAAAAAUAAGUUAUCACCAAUUUUCACCGCAACCGGAACAGCGGCGAUUCCUGCUGUCCACAGAUUCCUGACAGAUUGAUUGGUGUGGCGGAUUACAGACAACAGGAAUCACAGGAACCCGCUGAUUCACGUUCAAUCUCACGAUAACGAGUUGUCUCUCUAAAGACAGACACAUAGACAUAUAAGCAGUAGAUUGUGUCCUUCCAGAGGAGGAAAUCUGCUUCUAGAUUUCAACUUCCUUUCCAGCACGGGUUCAUCUGUGCUGAAUUUAUCCGCCAUGCUCCGGCGUCCUACGGAAAGAAGUCGGUGUAAAUUGACACGUUAACUUGAAUGGUUACGAUCAGCUACGAUCGGAGGAUACGACCUUUUAGGAGACGAUCAGGAUGAAGGGGGAGGUCGGGGGUUAGCAGGAUUAUCAGCCUGUUGGAUCAGAACCCCUGAACCACAGGGUCUGAUGGUGUUUUUUGUUUUUCAGGAUCACCUUGGAUAUGAUGUCAGGGAAGGACGUGGUCUUCCACCUUAACCCUCGCUUCAACGAGGCCGGUAAAAGGGUGAUCGUGAGGAACAGCUGUAUGGGCGGCAAGUGGGGCAAAGAAGAGAGAGACCUGUCAAACUUCCCCUUCUCUCCAGGAUCGUCUUUUGAGGUAAAGUAUUAGAUUUCACUCACACUUCAUGACUUUAAUAAAAACCUGAGGGUCCCGUGAAGUGAGUCUGUAGGACCCCGCUGUGAACACGUGAGCAUCUCAUCAUGGUCUUUGUUCUUUGCAGAUGAAGAUCCUCUGCACAAACAACUGCUACAGGGUGGCCGUGAACGGCAGCCACCUGCUGGAGUUCCAACACCGAUGCAGGAACCUGAGCUCCAUCAAAUCCUGCAACAUCUACCAUGACUUGACACUCUCAGAUGUCCUGGUGGAGAAAAUCGCCUGAGGCAAAACACUGGAUCCACUGCAGAUCUACUGAGGAUCCAUCACAGAUCCACCUGAAAUCAGUCUUCUGUACUCUGAUCAACCAAAGAUCUGCUGAGGGAACUACACUUAGUCCUCCUGUACAAUAAACAUCAACACCCAAAGAUCCUGGAGGUUUACAGCUGAUCACACUGACACCACUGUCUUUAAAAGGGGAAAGUAGAUCCCCAGUAGAUCCCCAGUAGAUCCCUAGUUGGUCCUCAGUGGAUCUUUAAUAGAUUCACAGUCGAUUCACAGUCGAUCCUCAGUCGAUUCACAGUCGAUCCUCAGUAGAUUCACAGUAGAUUCACAGUCGAUCCUCAGUAGAUUCACAGUAGAUUCACAGUAGAUCCUCAGUAGAUCCUCAGUAGAUUCACUGUAGAUCCUCAGUAGAUUCACAGUAGAUUCACAGUAGAUCUCAGUAGAUCCUCAGUAGAUCCUUAGUAGAUCCUCAGUAGAUCCUCAGUAGAUCUUUAGUAGAUUCACAGUAGAUCCUCAGUAGAUCCUCAGUAGAUUCACAGCAGAUCCUCAGUAGAUCUUUAGUAGAUUCACAGUAGAUCCUCAGUAGAUCUUCAGUAGAUUCACAGUAGAUCCUCAGUAGAUUUAUGUCCAUGUCUGAGUCUGUGUUUUUUUGUCCAGCUCAUAAAAAUUAAAGGUUUUAUUUGGACUUGUGCAAUUGUCUCUGAGUUCAUGUCAGUGUGUGUGUGUGUGUGUUGCAUGUGGAGGCUUGACCUGCUCACAGCCACCAGGGGGCGACACUGAUACAGCUCCUUGUGAGCAGAUUCUUCAUCUUGUCUGUAAAUGAAACUGCUCUGAUCAAACCCAAGCUCUCCAGGACCUCCAGAUUCUCCAGGACCUCCAGAUUCUCCAGGUCUUCCAGGUCCUGGAGGUGUGUAUGGGGGGGGUUCAACAAGUUUCAACGCCUUCAGGUCAGAGAGGUUUGUUUCAAUCAGUCAACAUCAUUAUAAUAUUGAUUUAAUAUCAAAUAUAUAUAUAUAUAUAUAUAUAUAUAUAUAUAUAUAUAUAUAUAUAUAUAUAUAGAUGUAUAAAAUUAAAUUCAUAUAUAAUCUAAAUAUUAAUUUGAUUGGAAUGACCACAAAAUAAGUGAGUAAAAUUGAAAACAGAAACACGACUCUGUGACACAGAAAAUCUAAUAAGUUGAUUAAACUUGAUCGAAAAAGAAACCAAAGGUUUUUAAAGCGAUUCUACGGAAUGAAUGAGUUAAAAUCUUGAAGACUGUGAAACACAGAGAGAGAUUUAUUCGGUUAUAACCAUAAACUGUAAGGUUAUGAUGAAUGUCAGCAUUAAGGUGACUUCACUCCAACACU